GAGACAUUGAAUACCCUGUAGUGAGUAUUCGUCGCGCUCUUUUUGAUUGUUGGGUUUCGCUCCGAGGUAUUUCCUUAAGUGACAGUUUCUGGCCUCGGGAUCUGGUUUCAGAUAUCUGCUUACUAUUCAAUAAAGACACGUAAGUUCGAUCGGUAUAACUGAAACGUGAUCAUAUACAUAUCUCCCGCAUUUCAUUCAUGUGUUAUGCCUUAUUAGCCUAUUUCAUUUAGUAUUUUUCGCUGUAUUGCAUAUAUUUCGGGGCAUACUUCGUGUCUACUCUAGAGAAAUGUCUCAUUAUAACCAACUUUUUGCAUUGGAACUGAUGUUCUUGCUGACUGGAUGCCUGCAGUGACCAUCAAGUUAAGAUCUACAGAGCAAACUUAUUGAAAUACCAUGGCUUUUCCCAGUUGUUUUAUGGCGGGGAUGAAUAUGUUACUAUUUUCUGUUGUAUUCAGUUUAAAAUCGGUAAUAUGCUUGCUUCCCGCGCCUUGAAGGUGCUCAAACUACAACAUGUUGCUCGGAAAUCCUUGUAUACCUCAGUAAUACGUUGCCAGAAUCCCACUUCAAAGGAACCGUUUUUAAAUGGGACUUCAUCCAACUACAUCGAAGACAUAUAUGAAGCUUGGUUACAGAAUCCUGAUAGUGUUCAUAAGUCUUGGGAUAUUUAUUUCAGAUGUGUCGCUUCUGGAGCUGCUCCCGGAGAAGCGUACGUCAAACCACCUACUUUGGGUAAAGAGGAUCUGAAGUUAGCUCAUUUGUCUUCACAAGUAGCUGGGCAGGCAACGAGUCUAAGUUUGAAAUCCAUCGAGGAUCACCUUUCGGUUCAGGCUAUAAUCCGAUCUUAUCAAUCUCUAGGUCAUCGGAUCGCCAAACUUGAUCCACUGGGGAUAUUAUCUGCAGAUUUGGACGACUCAAUACCCCCUGAGUUAUCUUUGGGCUUCUACAAGCUUGGAGAGCCUGACUUGGAUAAGACAUUUAGACUGCCACCUACCACCCACAUUGGAGGCGACAAACAAGAACUUACUCUGCGUGAAAUAAUCAAACGUUUAGAGGAUGUUUACUGCAAGCACAUUGGUAUUGAGUAUAUGUUUAUCAACAGCUUGAACAAAUGUGAUUGGAUAAGACGAAAAUUUGAAACACCUGGUUCACUCAGCUUUACUCCAGAAGAGAAACGCUUGAUACUAGCCCGCCUUAUUCGCUCAACAAGGUUCGAAUCGUUUUUAGCGAAAAAAUGGAGUUCGGAAAAACGUUUUGGACUUGAAGGAUGUGAAGUAUUAAUUCCAGCGAUGAAAGCUGUUAUCGACUCUUCAUCUGCCCUUGGUGUUGAAAGUUUCGUUAUUGGGAUACCUCAUCGUGGAAGAUUGAACGUUCUGGCUAAUGUUUGUCGCAAGCCCUUGGACGAUAUAUUUUGUCAAUUUGAUUCUAAAUUAGAAGCGUGUGAUGAAGGUAGUGGUGAUGUAAAGUAUCAUCUUGGCAUGAGCCAUCAACGUUUGAAUCAUAUGACUGGUAAAAUGAUUAACCUUGCCGUAUGUGCAAAUCCAAGUCACUUGGAAGCAGUUUGUCCUGUUGCUCAGGGUAAAACUAAAGCUGAACAAUUCUAUCGAGGUGAUACGGAUGGGAAGAAAGUUAUGUCCAUCUUAAUACAUGGUGAUGCCGCAUUCAGUGGUCAAGGUGUUGUUUAUGAAACCUUCCAUCUAAGUGAUCUGCCUUCUUAUACUACCAAGGGUUCGAUCCACAUAGUUGUGAAUAAUCAGAUUGGCUUUACUACUGAUCCUCGUAUGGCUCGCUCUUCACCGUAUUGUACUGAUGUGGCACGCGUUACAAAUUCACUCAUUCUUCAUGCUAAUGCUGAUGAUCCAGAAUCAGUUAUGCAUGUUGCACGGGUUGCAGCAGAGUGGCGUUCUGAGUUUGGUAAAGAUGUUGUAAUUGAUCUAGUUUGUUACCGUCGUUCUGGUCAUAAUGAAAUGGAUGAACCAAUGUUUACUCAACCACUCAUGUAUAAGCGUAUUCGUGAACAACCCACUGUAUUGGAAAAGUAUAGUAAGAAACUCAUCAGUGAAGGAAUUGUCACUGAACAAGAGUACAAGGACGAAAUAGCUAAGUACGAUCAGAUAUGUGAAGAUGCAUACGAAUUAGCGAAAAAACAAACGGUUACAUAUAAUCGAGCUUGGAUUGAUUCUCCAUGGCACAACUUCUUUGAAAAUAAAGAUCCGAUGCAAUUACCGGAUACGGGAGUAGAAAGCGAUGUCUUAGAACAUAUCGGUCGUGCAAUUAGCGAAUCCCCCGAAGGCAUGGUAAUUCAUUCUGGUUUAAAACGGACACUCAAGGAACGCAAAGAUUUACUUGAACAAAAGAUGGCAAAUUGGGCUUUGGGUGAACUUUUUGCUUAUGGAUCACUGUUAAAGGAAGGUUUUCACGUCAGACUAUCUGGUCAAGAUGUUGAACGUGGAACAUUUUCACAUCGGCAUUGUGUUUUACACGAUCAGGAAGUGGAUAAAAAAACAUAUGUUCCAUUAAAUCAUCUGUAUCCUUCCCAAGCACCAUUUACUGUGUGCAAUUCCAGUUUAUCUGAAUAUGCGGUAAUGGGUUUCGAAUUGGGUUACUCGCUUACGAACCCCAACUCUCUUGUUUUGUGGGAAGCCCAGUUUGGCGAUUUCAAUAACACUGCUCAAUGUAUUAUCGACCAAUUUAUUUCGUCUGGACAACAAAAGUGGGUACGCCAGUCAGGAAUCGUUCUCUUGCUUCCACAUGGCUAUGAAGGUAUGGGUCCUGAACAUUCUAGUGCACGUAUUGAACGAUUCCUUCUGAUGUCUAAUGAUGAUGAAAACCAUGUACCUUCGGCGUCAAAAGUUUAUAGCGACAGCUUCAUUAUGCAACAAUUGCAUGAAACAAAUUGGAUCAUUGCAAACUGUACUACGCCAGCGAAUUUCUUCCAUAUUUUAAGACGUCAAAUUCUACUGCCUUUCCGCAAACCUUUGAUUGUCUUCACUCCGAAGUCGCUGUUACGUCACCCAGAAGCAAAAUCACCAUUUAGUGAUAUGCUCCCAGGCUCAGAGUUUAAACGCUACAUCCCUGAUAGUGGUCCAGCCUCUCAAAAACCGGAGAGUGUUAAAAAACUAAUCAUUUGCAGUGGCAAAAUCUACUAUGAGUUAGAUAAAGAGCGCAGGUCCAUUAAUCGAGAGUCCGAAAUAGCUAUCAGCAGAAUUGAACAACUGACACCAUUCCCGUAUGAUUUGAUUCAGCAAGAUUUGGAACGUUAUCCAGAUGCUAUUGUACAGUGGGUGCAGGAGGAGCAUAAAAAUAUGGGAGCAUGGACCUAUGUACAACCGAGAGUAAAUCAUCUCAUAUACAGGACUAUGCCGAACCGUCAUCAUAAUCGUAUUUUGUAUGCUGGUCGACAACCUAGUGCUGCAGCUGCUGCUGGGAACAAAGCUAUGCAUCUGAUGGAGAUCUCUCAUUAUCUGAAAAAUGCUCUGUCAUUAAGCUAAAUGAACAGGAUAUUCAAGAAGAUCUAUUGCUUUAACUCACAGUUUCUCCUUCGAUCUAUUUUCUGAUAAGCGUUCUCCCACUAUACUAUCAUUUAGAUCAUCUUAGUCUUUACAUCCCCUUCAUGUUGCUUGUGAACUGCAAAGUUUGGCGGUACUUUAUUUUAUCAUAUAUAUAGUAUGAUAAAACUGUUAUUCAGUGUGAACUAUUACAAUAUAUGAGAUAUCACGACUCUGCACACCUAUACCUAUAUGUAUUCUUUGUUUCUCACGUAUAUUUUUUUCAUUGUGAUCAUUUAACUGAUCAACCUUUCAUGCUAUAAGAUACAUCGCUAGUUUUACGUAACUCUUUCUCAUUAUGUGGACCUGAAAGUAACAAGAAUCUCAAUUAGAUAUGAGUUAGAAAAAUUGGAGUAUUUUCAUUAGUUUUUCGUUAACUUGACAGUAGAAAUUUGCAUCAUUAUAUAGGCAUAAGAUGUUGAACAGUGAAGUUUUCGCUAGAGUUGCAUAACCUGUGUAAAAAAUCUUCAUAUAACGUGAAUUAAAAAAGCAUAUAGGUCAGCAAAAAGAAUGUUUUUCUCUUAACUUUAUGUCAAAGCUAUGUAUUUAAUUAAUAGUUAGAAUAAUUCAUAGAAAAUACCAACAAUGUUUAGGGGCUCUAUAUCAGUUAUCGACUAAAUAUGUAAAAUUCAAUACCAGAAAAGAAAAUCUUGAG